UCUGAGCGGACUGUCAGAAGAACAGGAAGACUCCUCUUCAGCCACAGACGCAGUCACCCAGGGGUUAAAAAGUUUACGAAACUUGUAGGAGUCAUGGGAACUAAUUUAGGAGACGCAGUCGGGCCAAAUUAUCCGUAACACCAACUCCCCGCCCGUGUUACGUUCGCCGAAACAACUCGUGAAAGUGGGAAGAGUUUUUUUUCACCUACUGUAGCCUAGCUAAAGCUAACGCUAGCUUAGUUAGUGCCGGAUAUUUUCGCGACUUAAUUGUUUAAAGCUUCGGGUUGUGUUCCAUAUGGAUACCAUUAAUGGCAGAAUAAAUCCGCAUUUGUUUUCUAUAAACGCAACAGAUUUGUUUUUGUACUUUACGUCCCGACGACUUGGGGCUGUGCUUUGAAUUUCCCUCCUUCAGUGGGACACACAGGCGGCUUAGCGAGGGGCUCGUCCGGUGUAACGUUGGCUUUCUACCAAAUCAUUAGCAACGUUGUGCUAAUUGUGGCUAAGUUAGCUUAGGCCCAAGGGAAUUAACGAGUGGCUUCUUCGCAAAGUUAGGAAACAUCGUAGGAGGAAACAUUUGCUUUGUCCGGGGAGAUUACCAGGUUUAUUCUAACACCUAAUUGAAGGAGACGGAUUAAGUUAUAAAUAUGGAUCCACACACGGGCAACUCUGCCUCAGCAGCUGGUCCCAAGAAGGACAAGAAAUCAAAGAAGAACUGUGAGGAUGGAGAUGGGAAAAAGAAAUUUAAACUCAAACGUCUGAUUCCCGAUGAGUUGGAACGUUUCACCAGCAUGAGGAUGAAAAAGGACAAGGACAAGGAGAAGCCCAGCCAUGUGCCGGCUCAGCGACACUCUUCAGCUGCCAGCUAUGAGAUCAACACCCAGAGUGCCAUGCUGCACGACCAUUCUGAUGAAUACGUGCUGGAGCUCUUUGAGCAGAUGCUGGUGGAUAUGAACCUGAAUGGGGAGAAACAGCAGCCUCUGAGGGCAAAAGACAUCAUGAUCAAACGAGAGAUGGUCUCCCAGUACCUCCACACGUCUAAAGCUGGUCAAAACCAGAAGGAGAGCUCCAAAUCAGCCAUGAUGUACAUCCAGGAGUUAAAGACAGACUACCGGGACACACAGCUGCUGAGCUGUCUGGAAUCUCUGCGAGUGUCCCUCAAUAACAACCCUGUCAGUUGGGUGCAGAACUUUGGAGAUGAGGGGCUCGCCUUGCUGCUGAAUCUGCUCAAAAGACUCCAGGAGGACAAAGACGAUUACCCAAUGAUGGGAGUGAAAUGUCAACACGAGAUCAUUCGCUGCCUAAAAGCCUUUAUGAACAACAAGUACGGUCUGACAUCCAUGCUGGAGUCGGAUGAGGGCAUUCCUCUGCUGGUCAAAGCCAUCAACCCUCGGGUGCCUCAUAUGAUGGUGGAUGCUGUCAAGCUGCUUUCGGCCAUCUCAAUAUUGGAACAUCCUGAGAACCUUCAUGAGCGUGUUUUGGAGGCCAUUACUGAGGAGGCAGAGAGGCGGGACAUUGAGAGGUUCCAGCUGCUCCUUGCUGGCAUGAAAAAUCACAACAUUGCUCUUAAGGGUGGCUGCAUGCAGCUAAUCAAUGCCUUGAUAAGCCGGGGAGAAGAGUUGGACUUCAGGAUCCAUAUUCGCUCUGAACUGCUAAGAUUGGGACUCAGAGACCUGCUGACGGAGGUCCGGAUGAUAGAAAACGAAGAGCUGAGGGUGCAACUCACAGUGUUUGAUGAGCAGGCUGAGGAUGACUCUGAGGACCUCAAAGCACGUCUUGAUGACAUCCGCAUUGAGAUGGAUGAUGCGAGGGAAGUGUUUGACAUCCUAGUCAACACGGUGAAGGACUCCAAGGGCGAAACCCACUUCCUGUCCCUGAUGCAGCACCUGCUGCUAAUCCGCAAUGACUAUCUGGCCAGGCCUCAGUACUACAAGUUGAUAGACGAGUGUGUUGCUCAGAUCGUGCUUCACAGGAAUGGAGCGGACCCCGACUUCAAGUGCCGGAACCUCAGUCUCAACAUUGAAGGCUUGAUAGACAACAUGGUGGACCAGACCAAGGUAGAAACCAGCGAGGCCAAGGCUGUCGAGCUGGAAAAGAAGCUGGACGCCGAGUUGACGGCACGCCACGAGCUGCAGGUGGAGCUGAAGAAACUGGAGGGUGACUAUGACCAGAAGCUGCAGGACUUGAGCCAAGAGAAGGAACAGCUGGCCACGUCUAAGCUGGAGCAAGACAAGGAGAACCAGGGACUAAAACAACAGCUCACCACUCUGCAACAGCAGACUGAAAAGCUGUCUAAAGAUCUGGAAGAGGCCAAGACCAAAGUCGUCACAGUUACUGUUCCUGUGGCACCACCUGCCCCUCCUCUCCCCGGCCAACAUGCAGGUAUACCCCCUCCACCUCCUCUCCCACCUAUGCCAGGCAUGCCUGCUCCACCUCGCCCUCCUCCUCUACAGGGUCAAGCCAGUAUACCUCCUCUACCAGGCAUGCCAGGACCUCCACCACCCCCGCCCCUCCCUGGCAUGGCAGGACCGCCACCCCCUCCACCCUUACCUGGAAUGGGACCUCCACCGCCACCACCACCGCCUGGGUUUCCCGGUAUCCCUCCCCCACCUCCGGGCCCAGGCAUGCCUCCACCUCCACCGUUUGACAUGGGGGGCUGGGGGGCCCCUGCACCACCCCAACUGCCUUACGGGCUCCAGUCUAAGAAGGACUACAAGCCUGAAGUCCAGCUGAAGAGAGUCAACUGGAGCAAGAUCGGACCUGAAGAGCUCUCUGAGAAUAGUUUCUGGACCUCGGCGAAAGAGGAGCAGUUUGAAAGCAAUGAGCUCUUUGCCAAACUCACCUUGGCCUUCUCCUCACAGACAAAGACCACUAAAGCCAAAAAGGAGCAAGGUGGCGGAGACGAAAAGCAGCUGCAGAAGAAGAAGGUUAAGGAGCUGAAGAUUCUCGACUCCAAGUGCUCACAGAACCUUUCCAUUUUCCUGGGAUCAAUCCGUGUCCCGUAUGAGGAGAUAAAGAGCGCCGUGCUGCAGGUUAAUGAGAAGGUCAUCACAGAGUCCAUGGUUCAGAGCCUGAUCAAACUACUGCCAGAGGCAGAGCAGAUGACUGCCCUGGGAGAGAUGAAGGAGGAAUACGAUGACUUGGCUGAGUCCGAGCAGUUUGGAGUAGUGAUGUCCAGUGUGAAGCGGCUGAUGCCCCGGCUUCAGGCCAUCCUGUUCAGGCUGCAGUUUGAGGAGCAGCUGAACAACAUCAAGCCAGAUGUGGUGUCUGUGACAGCAGCCUGCGAGGAGCUCAGUAAAAGCAAGACCUUCCCCAAGCUACUACAGAUCAUCCUCGUUGUCGGGAACUAUAUGAAUGCUGGCUCCCGCAAUGGAAAGGCCUUCGGCUUCUCCAUAGCGUACCUGUGCAAGCUGCGUGACACCAAAUCAGCUGAUCUGAAGCAGACGCUGCUCCAUUUCCUCGCUGAUGUGUGCCAGGAGCAGUAUCCUGACAUCAUGGGCUUUGCAGACGAACUCAUCCAUGUAGAAAAGGCCAGCAGAGUUCCUGCAGAGACACUUCAGAAGAACCUCGAGAUGAUGGGCCGUCAGAUCAAGAACCUGGAAAAGGAUCUGGAAACCUUCCCCCCUCCGCAAAAUGACAAGGACCUGUUUGCGGAGAAGAUGUCGAGUUUUGUGGUUACCGCCCAUGAGCAGUUUGAGAAGCUGGAUAUGCUGCAUAAGAAUAUGGAGAAGCAUUAUAACGACCUGGGAGAAUUAUUUGUCUUUGAACCGAAAAAAAUCUCCGUAGAGGAAUUCUUUGGAGACCUCAACACCUUUAAAAACAUGUUCCAGCAAGCAGUAAAGGAGAAUCAGAAAAGGAAGGAGGCUGAAGAGAAGAUCAAGAGGGCCAAGCUGGCCAGAGAAAAGGCAGAGAAGGAGAAGGAGGAGAAGCUCAAGAAGAACCAGCACCUUAACAUCAACACAGAGGGGGAUGAAACUGGUAUCAUGGAUGGCCUGCUGGAGGCGCUGCAGUCCGGCGCUGCUUUCAAGAGAAAGAGAGGACCACGGCAAGCAGGUACUCGUCCACAAGCAGAGCAGUUAAUCUUCACAAAACGUCAUGUCCUGCCUGAUUUACAGAUUUCUGUUUCCUUUCACACACACUUAUGCAUUACUACAGUGAAACACGUGGAGCAUAUGAGACUCAUUUGUUCCAUCUCCCUCUUCCUCUCUGUUUCUCUGUUUUUGUCAACACACAACAACACAGUUGUUUGUGUUGCCCAUGUCUCUGCUCCAUCUGUUGCACGGUUCAAAGACUUUGGGUUGUGAUAGUAUUCUGUGGCCAUGGUUACAAAUGCAAUUCCACCAAUGGCUGGCACGACAUCAGAAGAGGGAGGCGGCCAAGGCGUGGGUGUGGGCAGGAAGAGACUUAAGAGAGGAACAACUGGCGAGGGUGUGGCUGUGCAAUAGGAAAUUCUAAGAGGAAUAUGAAUGUAGCGCAAAGGAGGAUGAACCAGAGUGUGGGUACACAGUCUAAGGAAGUGGAAUCAGUGCUUGGGCAAUCGGAAAAAUGUAUAAAAGGCUUAAAAUGUAAAGAAAAUAGAAAUUGUUAAUUCCCCUCUUUAUUCAAAAUAGGUUUUGCCCAUUUUUACUUAGAGUUGGACUCUAGAAAUGAAUCUGCUGAAGAGUGAAAAUGUCUGUGCUUAACAUGAAUCUGAGUUAAAGACAUGUAUGAGAACUAGUGGGGUAGCCAAUCAUAGUCCAAUAUGCAACUUACACAAGUGUGAUGUGAAAAACAUUGAUUUUAUGUUUGGUGUGAAACCCCAGCUCAUUGUUAAUGUACAUGAAUAUAUAUCAUAGAAUCUAUAUUAUCAAAAAUCAUUCAACUCAAAAUCUUUUUUCUGCUUUAUCUUGGAACCCAAAAAAUUGGAUCUAUGUUUUUGUCACUACUGGGCCAGCCAAAAGUCCAUGUGCUGUAUCCGAGGACAUGUUCCUGAGCACAGUCUGGUUUGAUUAUCAUUCUGGCCACGUGUUCAGUCUGUAAGCGACGGGACAGUAAUAUGGUUAGCUACUCAUGCUGCCGGGUGUCCCAGUGCCCGAUCCAGACUCAGUAUGAACAUGAGGCAGUGUGGGCUUUCAGGAUAGUAACUUGUAAUAUGAUACCUUGUGUUAGGAAACUUGUUUGUGUGUGUGUGUGUGGUGGGGGGUAUUCACACAUAACAGAGGCUGGGGAAGAGUGAGUGCAACCCAAUACCUCCUUCAAUAGAAGCCAGAUGUGAAGCAGAGCUCCAGAGUGGAAUAGCACAGAUCCGGAGGGUAGACUGCAAUCUUUCUUUCUUUCUUUCAGUCACUCAGUGCAUUUAUUUAGCCUGUUGGCAGUUAUGUCCAUAACAAUUAAACAGAAGAGAAGGAAAAUAUAAGUGGCUGUAUGUAUCACAUCUCAGCUCAGUGCCUCCUCCCGGUCUCCUUUUUUUUUUUUUUUUUUCCUCGGUCUUGUCAUUUUAGUUUUCUUUUUCCAAAGUUCAGGGUUUUCCAUGGCUGAUGUGGAGGGUUUGAAGCCCUGCUGUGGUUUUUGGGCACUCUCAGCUUUGCUAGGAGUUUAUAUUUUCUUCACAUAUGUUUAAAGGCCACUCCUCUCCAGUUACCCACGUUGCUUCGUACACCCCGGAAGCCCUUCAGCCACACAAUAGGAGUGUGUCUGUGACUAGUUGGUUGAGUCAGAGGUCUUAAUUUAAUGAAGUAGGAGGCGGCACAUCCUGACUCUGGCACCACAGUUAGCCUGUUUGAGCAUCUCAUGUAUCCAGCUCAUGUGUGCAUGAAAGUAUGUCAGUGUUCACUCCAUAAUGUGUAAUACAUCUAUACAAUUUUCUGCAUGCGGAGCAGAAAAGAUUUGUAGAUAUGACAGAAAAUCUGACUUAUUUUUUUCUGUUCUGUCAUUAAAAGACAAAACACAAUAUCAGAAGGAGCCACAGCUCUACGAAAACAAUAAUAGAGAUUACAGAUACAUUUGAAGCUGUAAGAUUUGAUAAAGCUGGCAUCGUUUUGGCGAGCUGCGUCCUCAUCUCUCUCGUCCUCCCUCACUGAUUGUGAGAUAGAAUACGUCACUGGCCCUGAGGCCAGUUGAACCAGUUGCUCUCCUAAUCUCUCUAAUUACUUUUCCAUGCAGCUAAAAUACAAUUAAUUUGUACUCUUGUGUUCAUGGCAUUACUGAUCAGAUGUCACGUACUGAGUGUGCAGACACAAAGCAAAGGUUCAUCCGCUUGAAUGAUCUAUGAAUGAUCAAAGCAGUGGAGGAGGGGUCAUGGUUCCUCUUUGCAAGGAAGUACGUCACAAUGAAGCCACACAUUCAAAUCAGUUUCCUGAUACAUACAACAUAAUCAAUCGCCUGACGCAUUAAAAACAGGUGCUGAGGCCAAUUAGGUCUGUAUUUAAUGUAACUGUAGUAUUAAUAGUUUUCACAAAGACAUGAUAAAACAUCUAAAUGUAUUUACUUAUAACAGCCAAUACACCAGUGAAUUUUACUAUAUAUCCGUAUUUCCUAAGGAGUUAUCUUUCACAGUCACCUGUCCAACAGGAGUGGCAACGAGCAUAUUCUUCUUAUUUCCAGCAAUGUAAAAAUAUGCAUAAACUCAUUUCCAUCAGAUUAAAAUGCCAAGUUAUCACACAGACUUUCUGCCCUUUUUUAUUGGGUACAAGAUGGUCUUUCCAAGGCUUUUAAACGCUUUUGAGGACUUCUUUGUAAGGUGGCCUAAUGUGGCAACAAUAUGUAUAUUUUUAUUUGAUUGUUUUUGUGUUCUGUGUGACCACUAUUGUGCACGUGAGGGUCUUCAUUACACGACGUGUGUCCCUUCCUUCCCCUCCUCUUUCCUUCCUCUCCUCACAGCUGCAGUAACCGUAAAUGUCACCUACUUUGUGUUAAAGGGCCCAUUGAGUGUGUGGUCAUGCUUAUUGUGUCACAGAAUUGUGACUGAAUGGAAAGCCACGAGGCUGCGGAGGCUAUAUACCUCCUCACCUUUGACCUGUACCUCAGCUCACUGUGUGUCUUUGUGCUGGUUGUGCUGAAUGAGAGGACUGCAUGGGGUAUCCUCAGCUGUCUACCCCCCCCCCCUUAAACACAUACAGACAAAACGCACACUCCAGAUGCUUGCAUGCCAAUACAAAGACACAUGGAGGUUUGCGUACCGAUACAUGCACCCAAACAGACACGUUACAUUCCGGAGGACAGACAGCCUUGCAUAGUUUUUCAAACAUCAUCACGCUGUGGCUCUCUGCCUGAGAUUGGAAGUUAUCUGUCUGUCCUUUUGUAUGAAUACAGACUUGUCAGCUUGCCUACAUCAGGCUAAUUUGUGUGCGUGUGUGUUUAAAGCAAUAUAAGGGCACUCGUGUGUGGAUGAAUGACGUGUCUAAACACUCACUAUAGACCCAUCUGCUGGGUCACGACCCUCUGCCAGAACAACCAAUCGCAGUAGCAACUAGUUGACAAAGCACCAAUCACAACAGAGAGACGGAGAUAAAGGGGAACAAAAGAGGCACACGCUGGCUCUGCAGACAGUCUGCUCCUACAAAAAAAAUAAAAAAGCCCCCUAUAGAGAUCUGUGCUGUCCCAGAUGUUCAUACAAACACACACAAAGACACACACAGGAGAUAAUUCAGACUAAUAAGAGAGCACUCAUCAAUCAAGUCGUUACUAAGCAGUGGUGAUGCAUACUAAACACCCACUGAGACAAUACAUGCCAGCAAGCCACACAUAUGCACCAGUUGAGCCCAUUGGGGGACAUGAAAGGCAUGCCUGCACAUCAAUACCAACACGAGACACAGGCCAGCAGUGGUUCCAGAUGACGUCACUCUUUCCCACAGUCCUCUGGUGUGGAGCGGCGGUGUGUUACGCUGCAGGGCCUGAGGAGGGCGAUGUGAGCCCCUGCUUAGCCGGAGACACUGAUGGAGGUCCAGCCUACAUCUGCAAAUACACCACCAUGCUCGUCAUGGUUACCAUUGUGUCAUGUGACCAUAUACUUUGCCUUCACAAGGCCUCCGAGCUAGUUCUUGUAAGCUUCUCAUCUCAAGCUGACCUACACUUGAUUUACUGUAAAUUCUCUCCUCGCUCGUCUCCCCGGUUCUUUAUUUUCCCCUCAUAAGGUCGGCACACUUGCAUACUGUACAACAAAGAGCUCUUUCCCUCAUCAGGCAGCCAUUAUUUAGUUUCCCGGAGUGUAAUGUGUUACAGAUGAUCUUUUCACUUCACUCUUUGUGCCGCUGAUCGACCCCUCGAUGUGCAAACACGUUCGUUCACCAGUAAACAGUCUUUGUUGUGAGUCCCGACAUCUCAUUUCCUACUGCUGCACGCCAAGUGCAUGGAUCAUUUAGUCAACAUCACAGCUAGUUUCUGGAUACACAUGCUGUGUUUCCUAUGUUUGUAGUGCCACGUGUUAAAGGGGUACUCAAGCGAUUUCUGUUCUGCACUUUCACAAUGUUGAGAGGGCAAAACAGAUGGAUAAAAAACAAACAAAAAGGCUUUAGACGGCUCCUUUCAGAGCCACAUGAGUCUUUCAACGACAGAGUUCAAUGUGACUGGUAGUGACAAUUCUGACUUGUUAGUCUCAUCUGAAAGCUGCAAGAUCAUUCCAUGUAGUUUCCACUGAAUGGUAAUGUGGCAGUUUUAGGCUCUGAUCUACUCUGAAGCGAUCUCUUAAAGGCUAACUCUGGAGAUAUUUCAUAUUUUGUUAUUGGUCCACAACAAAGCACUGUUAACACCUCUUUGAGUAACAUUAACUCAAAUCUAAAGUCCCCAGCUCUUUAUGAAAACUAGUUUGCCUUUUAAAAAAAAAAAAAAAGUAUAUAUAGUAUACAUUUUUUUUUUAAUGUGUUUUUUUAGGUGAUGUAUUUGCUUCUGAGGCUGUUUGAGUUUAAAUGCAGAUAAAUUGUGCACAUCCUCACUGCACAUGUUCCUGUCUUUACUUUAAUCUGCAGGUUUCUGUCUAAAUUCAUCGUACCGGUGCUGCACCCAAUGCUACAGCCCUCUGAUCCCGACUCUUAUCCUGCCCUCUCCCUCCUCUCUGUCUUCUCUCGAGAGGGAGAGAGGGAGGGAGAGAGUGGAGGAUGAGGGAGGAGAGGAGCUGGGUUGACAGCCUUUGAAGAGCUUUUCUCUGCGGGUUGUACACAUACACAUAGAAUAACACCCACACUGAUGCACACUCUUUCGCUCCGUUUUUGGGUCAUUUGCAUAAUUUCUAAUUAGUUAGUUUAUGAGUAAGGGAGAAGAGGUUUGGGAAAGGCACAAAAAUAGAUAUGGAGGACGUAUUUGAGAGUUGACUGAGCCAGAGAGAAUCUCCAAGGAAACUGUGUGUGAAAUGUUAAUUUGACACUCCAGCUGUCUGUGCUCAUCAGUCCAGCAGAGUUUCACAUCUCGAGAAGACAAGUAAAUGUGAACUUGACUCUCCAAAUCCUCCUUCUCUUCUUUCUUCCCAGACUCCAUUGUGUCUUUGUCACAGCUCGUUCUGGAGACCUGUUCGGUAACUUUUGUGUGUGUGUGUUGUUCUUCUCCCUCCGUCAGAACCAUGUGUCAACUAUUGGUUUGUUGUUUGUGUUCCAUGGUUCAUUUGCAUGUGUACUGCUAUUGGUUUGCAUCAUGACCUUGUUGGAUUGAUCCUUUUUUUCCCCAUCAGUAGGAACAGUAACAUCAUUGUGUGUAUGUAACAAGUGUGACCUGUGCUGAUGUCAACCCUUUGUUCACAGCCUCUGUCUGAGUUGUGAUCAUACACCAGACCAGGCAUAACAUGACAGCCAAACACCACAACACAAUCUCCCACUGACCCAUAUAAUUCAAAAUGGCCGCUGCUGCACAGCGCUCCUCCCACGCAGGAAAAUGAAGCGUGGUAAAGGAUGGAGAGAGAAUGAGAGAUAAGGGCAAGGCUACUGCGUGUGUGUGUGUGUGUGUGUGUGUGUGUGUGGGAGGAGAAGGAAAUAACAGAGUAAACUGGUAGAAGAAUAAAAACGGCAGCAUCCUCGGGGCACAAUCCGUCACACUGUGUGCAUCUCUUAUCUUUCCUCACUGCAUCCACUAUUUGUCUGUGAUCUAUUCUACUACUUCCUUCCAGCUCAUGCCUCCUUUUUCCUCAAUCUCUCCAUCCGUGUUCAUCUCAUUUUUUUUCAUCCCAACCUCCGUAAUCUUCCCACAGGAUGAAUCACUCUGCUCUUCAUGGCGUCUCACCCUUCGUCCUACCGCUUCCUUCUUAGCAUCUAAACAUUCAUUCCAUCAGUCCCACUUCCUCUUCAUCUAAACGUCUCCCAUGCCUCGGGUGUCCUUCCUCUUUUACUCAUUUUCCACACUUUAAGAUCAAGUUGAGGCUAAGCUGACAUUAGCAGUGAGUAGAUUCCAGAUGUCACAUUAAUCCACACACACGCACAGCCGUACCAUUAAGCCGUUUCUGUGUUUGUUUGUCGCGGUAAUGCAUGUAUCUGUAUGUUGGAAAGAAAUGGAGCAUCUCUGUUGUUUCAUCAUUCACAACACAAGUCUUUGUUGCACAUACUUGUGAAUGUGUGUUUGCUCAGUGAAAAUGUUCAGUACCUGUCUGCCGAUGUGGUGUUGUUUGGCUUACUGACUUUUAUUUAAUUUUUUUUGAGCAUCAGAUGUCACGUCAUGGCAUGCGCUGACAUAUCUGUAUGGACUUGCUCUAAUAUAAACAUGACAUCUUAAUGUCAUUACUAUCUCACUGACUGUAUUUCUCUUUCUCAGCCAACCACCGACGAGCUGGUCAUGCAGUGACCAACAUCCUGGCCAAAGAGCUGAUGCAGGAAGAGACGCCCUCAUCCAGCAAAC